UUUUUUAAAUAAAAUCACACGUUUACUUUAUUGCAUGAACAGUCGCCGUGUAAAAACUGAGGCCUCAGUAUCAGCGCGCUUAAUAUGAAUUUCUUAAUAUUUACUAUAUUUUUAAUAGUAUACAUUUUCAACGCUGCCGCCCAGCCUUGUAUACCGCUAGCCGAUUCUACAUGCACCGAAGCAGCUAAUUCAGGCACAACUGGACCCGGUUGUUUGGCAGGCACUAGAUGGUCGUACGAUGCAACAACCAGGCAAUGUACUGCCUUUACUUAUCAAGGCUGUGGUGGAAAUACGAAUCGUUAUUGUUCGCGUGUGGUGUGUGAACGCAGAUGUGCUGCCCCUCCGAGAGUUGUUGUUGGUUGAAUAAAGAAAUGCUUAAACUUUGCUUAUAAAUGUACUUGCCUUCGACACUCAUAUUAGCUCAUACUAAGUAUCUGUAGCAAAAUUACUUAUUUAGUGAAACCCGAGAAUUGAAAUGUUCUCUCAUUACUAAAUCUUUUCAAUUGACACUAUUUUCCUAUCUCAUAAAAUACACGUUAUCUAAACUGAUCGGAAAAAUCCA